ACCUACCCAAAGGUCGAAGCUUUACCUUGUAAAAAACAUGGGGUUCUAAAUUCAUCUUCUUCACUUCACUACCCACUCUCAAUUCAUUUUCUCUCUCCUUCUUUUCCAUCUCAACAACCCACUAAGAAAGAAGAAGCACAAUGGGAAAAAUCAUUUUUCUUGUUUCCCAACUUCAUAAACUUGCUGGGCCUUGUUUGACAUUACUUUAUCCCUUAUAUGCAUCAGUUCUAGCCAUGGAGAGCACAACAAAAAAAGAUGAUGAACAGUGGCUUUCUUAUUGGAUUCUAUACUCAUUUAUUACUCUUGUUGAAAUGGUUAUGCAACCUGCUCUAGAAUUAUUUCCUGUUUGGUAUGAUGUGAAGUUGGUACUUAUGGCUUGGUUGGUUCUUCCCAAAUUCAAAGGAGCAAAAUUCUUGUAUAAGAGAUUUGUGAGAGAACAUAUCAAGAAGUACACAGGGAAACAUAGUCAUUUCAAGGGAAAGCAUUAAAAAAAGGGAGAGCUUCAUUAAAUAUAUAAUGUGAAGAAGUGGUUGUAUUGGUAAGGCUUUUUGUAAAGUGAUCACCCUUAAUCUGAGGCUGGCUUCAUGUAUGAAUCAUGUACUUAAAAGGGCACAAAUAUUGCCUUGUUUUGUUUAAGUGUCUUUUUUAGAUUGUGGUGAUUUAUUAGUUAGGAGUAGGACUGUGAUAAUGGUACAUUACCAUGUAUGUAUUUGCCAUCUAAUUCUUACUAAUGUUUACUUUGUUCCUACGAAAAAGGGUAACUCAAAAAUAUUAAUAAAUAUCAAAGAGGAGCUUGUGUA